GCUGUGUGGUUGCUGGGAAACCGCGACGCUGUGGCCUGAGUCUGAGUCUUGCAUGAUCAUGGCCAAAUUUGUGAUUGCGGGUAAAGCAGAUUGUCCGUAUUAUGCUAAAGCAGAACUCCUGGCAGAUUACUUACAAAAGAACCUACCUGACUUUCAGAUAUUUAAAAUCACACAACACCCUGACGUCUGGGAGGAGUGGCUGAAAGAGGUGUGUGAAAAGAAUAAAUGGAGUCACAAAAAAUCCCCCAUCGUCUGGAGAGAGCUUCUGGAUCGAGGAGGAAAGGCCUUGCUCUUGGGAGGGUACAACGACUUCCUGGAGCACGCCCAGCUUUACUAUGGUGUCACCUCUAGCAUGACUACCGAGAUGAUGAUGAUAAUUGCUCAAGAGAACCUGGAGGCACACAAAGAAAAAGCAUUGAAGAAGGAAUCCCUGAAAGACCUGGUCAGCCCCUUACAGGUCUGGAUCACCAGCGCGUCCACGCCGGCGGGCUGCAGCCUGAUCCCCGUCCUGGUGAGCGGGGAAGUCUUCGGCAGCCGCACCGCGCUCAGCCUGACCCUGUUCGACCGGCAGGAGGCGGAGGGGCAGCUGCUCGGCCUGGUGCUGGAGGCGCAGGACCUGGCGGCGCCCCUGCUGCGCGGCGUGGCCCUGUGCACGCGCGCCGAGGACGCCUUCCGCGGGGCGCGCGCGGUCGUGAUGCUGGACGAGCCGGCGGCGUGCGAGGUGAGCGGCGUGGAGGAGUGCCUGCGGCACGCGGCGGCGCGGUGCCGGGACUACGCGGGGCUGCUGGAGCGCAACGCGCACGGCGAGGUGCGCGUGCUCGUGGCGGGGAAGAGCUUCGUGAACCUGCGCGCCGCGCUGCUGCAGCGCUUCGCCCCGAGCCUCGCGCGCAACGUGGUCGCGGUAGCCCUCGGGGUGGAAGGCCAGGCCAAGGCGGUCCUCGCCCGGAAACUGAGAGCAGCCCCCGCCUGCAUCAAGAAUGUGAUCAUUUGGGGUAACAUAACUGGAAAUAACUACGCUGAUCUGAGGCAAGCCAGAGCUUACGAACAGGAGAGCGCUGUCUGGGGACCGCCUCCCUUUUCCCGCCCCGUCUUAGAAGUGAUUUUUGAUAGGGAGUGGGUAAAAAAUGAAUUUAUGACCACUCUUAAGACUUUAACCGCCACAGGAAGGCAUUUCGGUGGCAUCUUAGCUGCACACAGCAUAGGCACCACGCUGAAGUAUUGGUACCAAGGCUCAUUCCCCGGCGAGAUCGUGUCCUUAGGAGUGUUGAGUGAAGGCCAGUUUGGCAUUCCGGAAGGGAUUGUCUUUUCUAUGCCUGUAAAAUUUGAGAAUGGAACGUGGGCAGUUCUUACAGAUCUCAAAAAUACUGAAAUAAAUAGAGAAAUAAUGACAAAAAUGACGAGUGAUCUAAUUCAGGAAAUACGUGUUGCCCUCGGAGAACCAAUGAUUUUUCAGCCACACCAAUCAGACACUGAAGUACCCAGAAGAGAUGAAAACAUUGUAUCCGUCACUGAACACAAUCAGGAAGAGCUCAGGCUUUCACAUGGAGAGGAUGUUAUCAGCAUCGUAGUCAUUAUCACCCUUACCUUGUACUCAGAGACAUCAUGUUUAAAAUUUCUUGAAGUCUUUGAAGGAAACGAGAGGUAUUUGUUGAGUAUCUUCUGUGCCCUGGUUUCUGUGAGAGAUCUUGGCGGACACAGUAAGGGGGUGAUGGCCACACAGCUUUCUAUGAGAAAGCAACCAGGAGACUAGGAAAUGCCAAAAUGCAGGAUGAAUUUUAAAAAGCACAAGAAAGUAGGGCAAGGUAUGUCAGAAGGCCAAGAAGUAUACAGUAAGCAAUGUGAAAACUCACAAGGCCAGGAAAGAUCCUUCAGUACAGGAAGGAGAAAACAGUCAUUCCUUUGAAUCUGCCUGGAACGUAAAAUGGCAAAAGAUAAACAAAUGUUUAUUUAUUCAGAAACCGUGCUCAUUCAGUUAGACAAGAAGAAAAGGUUCUAGAGAUCUGUACAGCAAUGUGUACAUAAUUGACCACACUCUCUCCUUAAAAAUGUAAGAAGGUUUCAUAUUAUAGGUGCCUUACUAUCAAAACCCUGUGAGAUGCCAGCACCAUAAAUAUGUAUCAAGAGGGCUCUGCCCGCACAAGUACUCACUGUCCAGCUUGGGAAAUAGCACAGCAAAGAUAAAAGUGCUCCAUGAAGAGGUGCCUGAGUUUGUUCAGGCUGCUGUAACAAAAUACCAUAAACUAGGUGGCUUGUAAAUCAUAGAAGUUUAUUUCUCACAGUUUUAGAGCUAGGAAAUCCAAGAACAGGGUAUGGGGAGAAUCAGUGUAGUGGGGACCCGUUUGCAGGUUUACAGCUGUCCACAUGGUAGAGAAGGACAAGUGAGGUCCUUUGCAUGUUUCAUGAGGGCAUAACCCCGCUCCUAAGAGCAGUGCCUUCGUGGUGUAACCGUGACGCCCACACCUGUCUCUCAGCGUAGUUAUGCUGGGGUGUAGGCGUCAGCAUAUGAGGGACUACCUGGACACCUGGACGCUAGCACGAGGUGGGUACCAUCGCAGAGGUCCAGGCUAUGAUGGGAGUGCGAGGGGGCCUCAGACAGAGGCUGUCCAGAAGAGAGACGUGGAAGUUGGGUCUGGAAGGAUGAAAAGUGAAUCAUAAUUUAAAGAAAAGAAAGUAUGCAAAUGGAGGGGCAGGCGGGCAGGAGAUUGUAACCUGUUACAGGAAAAAGAAGAUGGCAGAGGACAUGGAGGCGUGUCCAGAUGUGCAAAUCUGGGGCAGGAUAAAUUUGCAGAGGACAGUAAGUAGUGUAGCUGGGCACAGAGAGUGGAACUGCCUCUCCAGAGAUGGGCAUCGGAGAUGCACACACAGUUCUCAGAUGAAGAUACACAGAUGGCACAUAAACAUAUGAAGAAAUGCUCACCAUCACUGGUCAUUCGAGAAAUGCAAAUUAAAACAACACUGAGAUUUCAUCUCAUCCCAGAAAGAAUGGCCGCCACCAAGAAAUCAACUGAUAACAAAUAUUGCUGAGGCCACAGGGAAAAAGGAGCCCUUCUCCACCGUUGGUGGGAGUGCAGACUGGUGCAAUCACUAUGGAAAUCAAAAUGGAGAUUUCUCAGAAAACUAGGAUCAGAAGUUCCAUUCAAUCCAGCUAUUCCUGGGUAUUUUCCCAGAAAAAUUGAAAAGGUCAUGUCCCAGUGAUGUAUGGGCACCCCUGUUUAUAGCAACACAGUUGGUAAUAGCUAAAUCUUGGAAACAACCAAAAUGCCCAUCAACUACAGAAUGGAUGAAAAACGUGGUGUUUUUAUACAGUGGAAUAUUACUCAGCUAUAAAAAGGGUGAUCUUGAAGCUUUUAUAGGUAAAUGGAGGCAACUUGAGAAUAUUCUCAUAAGUGAAAUAAACAAGACUCACAUUAGUAAUAUCACAUCAUCUCUCUGGUGUAAAAAAUAAUAAAAACUGACAGAAUAAUAAGAUUCAAAAUGUAUAAUACAUAUUGUAAAAAAGAAAGGGAAAGAAGGUGCUCUAAAGGAUGUAACUGUAUGUGUGUUUAAAUGUGUAAGAUAGAUGACCAUAUUACUAAGUUUUUGUUGGAUCAUUGAACAGAAUGGUUUGUACUGUCAAUGCUUGAGUGUCUGUCCACUUUUUAGGCUUGGAUUUUGUUUCUUGAACAACUAUUUCUAAGAUGACAAUGUAUAAUGAAUCAACUAGUGAUUUCUUAGUGUUGAUUUUUAUUUAUUUAGUUUUUUAAUUCUGUAUUAUUUCUACCAUUUUUGUGGGGUUUUUUUCUUUCUUUAAAAAAAAAAAACAGAGUAGAACUGGGGAGGGAGUUGGGGUGGUGUGUGGGUAUCAGCGUGGCUGGGGCUGAAAUAGCUGGGCUCAGGGCUACAGAACCAACAAGCCUGGACCAUUAGCCCUCCAGAGGACUGUCGCAUGCCCUGGUCACCCAGAGGCUCACUGUUAAUUCAGUCCCAGCCAGAACUGACCUCUGCUGUGCGUCUAGGUUUCUGACAAGCAGCGCUUCCUUCCUAGAGAGGCACUCAGGACCUUGUGAGUGAACUGGAAAAAACCACAAGAUGACUUUCAUAAGGAGCUUGGCUGGAUGGAUGAAGAAAAGCCAAGUCACAGAGCUUAUAUUCCGUAGAAUUUGUAAAAUUUAAGUUGUCCCUUAAAAUUACAGAUACUUAUACCUCCUAAGUCAUGUGCUUGUACAGACUAGAGCAUCUAAAUAAUGAGAAGGUAGAUGGCAUUGAUUUCAGGCUGUAAUAGGGACUGUUUGUUGAAUGGAUAUUGCAAUCAAAUAUAAUUUAUUACAGUACUUACCAUAUUGUGAAAACAAAGUCCAUUAUCUUACUGUAAAAAACAUCGGUGAUUAAUGAGAUUGAUUUAGUCAUUAACAUUUUGCUCAAUGAAAUAUUAUUAAUUGAUACAAAAAGAGUAAGAUGAGAUUCCAUUUGUUGAUUCUUUGUAUUAUUUGCUGUGGGAUUGGGGUUCUUUCAUAGUCUUUGCCUACACCUACAUCUUCAAGAGUGCUACCUAUGCUAUCUUGCAAUACAUUUGGGUUUCUGUAUAAUAUUGAGGUCUUUGAUCCAUUUUAAUUUUAAUUUAGUGCACAGUGAGAGACAGAGGUCUAGGUUUCAUCUUUGGCAUGUGGAAAGCUAGUUUUUCCAGCACCACUUAUUAAAGUGAAGGUGAUGGCCCCUUUGUCACAGGUAAGGUGACUGAGUGUGUUUGGAGUUGUUUCUGCAUCUUCUAGUCUGUUCCACUGAUCCUCGGGUCUGUUUGUUUGUUUUUUAGUUUUUUGCCAGUAAAAUGCUGUUUUUAUCACGAUAUCUUUGUAAUAUAAUUUCAAGUCAGGGAUUGUUGUAGUUAGGAUUUACCGGAAAAUAGAUUUAAUACGGGACACAUAGUUUACAUGAUUAUUUUAUGAUAGUCAUUUAAGGAGUCAAGUCCCCUGGAGGCCUAGAGCCCAUGACAAUGACGCAUGCAAGUCUGUGUCAAGGACUCACACGGGGCAAGCCCAAAGGCCAGUAGUGGAAGCUAGAAAGUCUGCACCAGCAAGGUGAAGGAUCUGCACUGGAGGCAGGAAGCGGCAGUCAAGAUAAGGACAAGAGCUUCCCCAAAGGGAACUGCAGCCAUCCUGGCUCCUCCAGUGAUGAGAAUAGCCGAGUUCAUAUCAGGAAAGCUAGCGUGGCACACUUCUCCAGGAGAAUCAUCCGCACACCAUCCUCCCCUCCAGGUCUCCGUUUGUGUUGCUGGCAACAGUCGUUAGGCGGUCAUUCCACACCCAGAACCACGCUGAUUCAGUUCAGCUGGCUGUUACAAAUUGACUAUUAGUUAAUCCACCACAAGGUUUGUGAUGCCUCCUGCCUUGCCUUUGUUGCCCAGGAUUGAUUUUGCAAUUCUAGGUCUCUUCUGUUUCCAAAUGAAUUUUAGGAAUGUUUUCUGCAGAGCUGUGCUAAUGGUAUUUUGAUGGGGAUUGCCUUAGAUCUGUAUAACAGUUUUAUGGGUAUGGCUAUUUUCACAGUGUUCUUCCUAUCCAUGAGCACGGGAUACCUUUCCAUUUUCAGAGUACUAUAGUUUUCAAAAUAUAGAUCUUUUACUUUCUUUGUUAAACUGAUGCCUAAGUAUUCCUCUUUUUUUUUUUUUUUUUGACUGCUUUCUAAUUUCUCUCUCAGUGAGUUUGUUGUUUGUGUAGAGGAAUGCUAUUGCUUUUGAGUGUUGACUUUGUAUCCAGCUAUGCAACUAGAUUUGAUUAUUAAUUCUAGAAGUCUUGUGGUGGAGUUUUUGGGGUCUUCUAUGUAGAGUAUCAUGUCAUCUGCAAAUAGUGACAGUUUAACAUCUUCCUUUCCUAAUUUUGUACCUUUUAUUUCUCUCUUUUGUUUAAUUUCUCUGCCUAAUGUUUCCAAAACAAAGGACUGAAGACAGUGGUCAGCCUUGUUUUUUUCCUGAUUUUGGAGUGAAAAUUUUCAGUUUUUGCCAUUUAGUAUGAUAUUGGCUGUUAUUUUGUCAUAGAUGGCUUUUAUCAGAUUUGAGAUAAAGAUCAUCUAUUCCAAUUUCCUGUUGGAUUUUCUGUGUCAAUUGAGGUGAUCACAUGGUUUUGCCCUUGGUUCUAUUAAUGUGAUACAUUGCAUUUGUGUAUGUGCAUAUAUUGAUUUGUGUAUGUUGAACCAUCCCUAUGAUAUAGGAGAAUGAGACUCCCAACCUACUAUGCGUGAGUUCAUGUUCUCUAAAACUGAAGAAUGAAUUUUAGGAACAACAGAAGUGAAGAGUAGAAUAUAUUUAUUGAGAGAAAGAAAGCUUCUGUCUGAAGAGAGACAGAAGAGCAGGUUGCCUAAGACUCUGUCUUGUCCAGGGACUUUUAUGAAUUUCAGGCGGGGAAGACUGGGAACUCACAAAGCAGAUGGGCAUAAGGUGGGACAUAACUAUAAUUAGCCAAUAAGAUCAAUAGUGUAGGUAAAAUUGAUUAAAUUGGGGACAAAUGGAAAAGUAGGUCAUGUAGGAAGCAGGCAUUCUUAGCAGUGACUCCUCCGAUAGGGAAUUGGGAUGGUGACUCUUGGUUGCUCAGUGUGAUCCAGUAAUCCCUAAGAUUAUACUUAAAGGUGUGGAUGCAAUUCUUUUGCCUUCUGUCUUCAGAUCUGGCCCACAGCAAGAGGUGUGUGUCCCCUCCAAGGUCAUUGGACAUCUGGUCCUCUGUGCCGGCCUCCUCAAGGGCCUAGCCCUGUCUGACUGCCUACAAUAUUUCCAACUGGCUCAGCUGCCUGUAACACCUACAUCCCAGGAAUGAAUCCCACUUGGCUGCAGUGUAUAAUCUUCUUGGUGACUUGCUGCAUUCUGUUUGCCAGUGUCUUACUGAGGAUUUUGUAUCUAUGUUCAGUGGGGAGAUUGGCCUGUAGGUUUCCUUUUCGCUUGUGUCCCUCUCUGGUUUUGGUAUUAGGUAACACUUGCUUCCAAGAAUGCCUUUGGGAGUAUUGCAUCCCUUUCGAUUUCAUGAAAGAGUAUGAGGAGUGUUGACAUUAGAUCUUCUCUAAAUUUCUUGUAGAAUUCAGUAGUGAAUCCUGAUGGAUUUUUCUUUGUUGGUAAGUUUUUAAUUACAUCUUCCAUUUCAUUAACAGAUACUGAGUUAUUUAGAACCUUUAUAUUUUAUCAAUUCAGCUUUGGUAAUUCAUAUGUGUCUAGGGAUCUGUUUCUUGUAUCUGAAGAAUUUUCUGAAUUCAGAAGAAUUAUCUUGUCUGAAUUCAGAUUCUCCAAGUAGAUCUUAAUGAUCCUCUGGAUUUCUGCAAAAUUUGUUGUAAUUUCACCCUCUUCAUUCUUAACUGCAUGGAUUUGAGUCUUUUGCUUCCUUUUUUUUUUUUUUUUGAUUAAGUUGGCUAAGAUUUUGUCAAUUUUAUCUGAUCUUUCAAAGAACCAAUUCAUUGGUUCUUUUGUGUUGUUUUCUUAACCUUGACUGCGUUAAUUUCUGCUCUGAGCUUUUUCAUAGCAAAAGAAAUCACCAACAGAGUGGAGAAACAGCCCACAGAAUAGGAAAAAAAUUUUUCCAGCUGUUCCUCAGACAGAGAAUUCAGAAAAAAAUCAGACUCCCCAGAUUUGACGACUCAAUCCAAAAUUGGGGAUCUGAUGAAGAAGUACAAAUGACAAAUAAAUAUACGAAAAAAUGUUCAACAACAUUGGUCAUCCAAGCAUACAAAUUAAAAUAACACUGAGAUUUCAUCUCACUCCAGAAAGAAUUACUAUUAUAAAAAAAUCAACCAGUAACAAAUGUUAGGGUAGUUUCAGGAGAGCGGGGAGGAACCCUUCUCCAGUGUUGGUGGGAGUUUAGAUUGGUGCAACCACUGUGGAUAUCAGUGCAGAGAUUCCUCAAAAAACUAGGACUACAGGUUUCAUUUGACCCAGCUGUUCCCCCUCUUGUAUCUUCCUGAAAGAAUUAAAAACAUCAUACCACAGCACUAUGUACCACACUUGUGUUUAUAGCAGUACAACUUGUAAUAGCUGACUCUUGCAAACAGCCCAAAUGUCCAUCAACCAAUGAAUGGAUAAAGAAGACGUGGUAUUUUUAUACAAUAGAACACUACUCUGCUGUAAACAAAUAUAAACUUGUUUUAUUUGAGCUAAAUGGAUGCACCUUGAGACCAUACUGUUAAGUGAAAUAAAUCAGACACGUACGUUUAAAUAUCA